AAGUGUAGUCCGCCGGAAUGUUAUUCCGAACGGAACGCAAAAGCAACCGUUGACGCACAAAGCUCCAUUUCCUGUGGUGUUUUGAGAUAUUUGGUGUUGAAAAAUAUCUUGGUGUUGGAGUGUUGACUCGCGCAUGUACAUUCACCCCACUGCGGUGUAAUGUGAAUGUAUUAGGAUGGAUGAAGGUUCUUCCGAACAACCCGGUCCAUCUCUCCCCUUCCCCACUCUGCGCUUCCUGGUUCCUCCGGUCCGUCUGGUCUCUGCAGCCAUCUGGCAAACCAUAGAGCAGAAGACUGUAUCGGAUUAUGGACUGCUCGAGGAGUUUGUGUUUAUGGUUACCGACAUUGUUCCUCAGCUCCUUUCGACCAGGCAACGUGCGGAACUCAUCUUGGGCCUGAGAGCACGGCUCAUCCUGGAGCUGUGCCGCUCCGAGGAGACGGCCAACAUCCAGACCAUUCAGCCACAUCUUGAUCGUAUGCAAAACCUUCAAUCACUGUGGAAAGUGGAGACCAGUAAUGCAACUCCAGACAUUUCUGACUCUCAUUUUAUGAGCCUCGUCCGGAAUUUGCUGAGGAAUGCAGAAGAAAGAAACAACUUUUUUCAAGAUGUUUUUCCUGAAGACUUUGGUCCCACAUACGACAAAGCAAUCCAGACGUUGAUGUGGCUCUUUCUGUCCAGGCUGGAAAAGCUUAUUCCGAGUCAGUCUCUUCAACAGAUCGCGUCUUUGUUAAGUGACUCAUCUUCAGUUCUGAAAGAGUGCAUGGAGUCUUUUGCUGAGUCGCAGGGGCUCAAAACAGUGUUGGACACACACAAGGACCUCAGCCAGUUGGAGGAUGUUGAAUCUUGUGAGGUUGACAGUGGCAUCUUGUCCACUCUCUGUCUUCCUCCUGCGGAAAGAGACGCAAUCCUCCAUGAGCAAGCCGGAAUGGAUCCAGAGAGUAGCGUGGUUUACACAGACUGCACAGAGAUGGAGGUCGAAGCUGGCAACAAAAUGCCAUUUGCAGAGGAAAAUGUGCAAAAAGAGUGGUUGGGAAUUGGUCAGGAAGAGAAGCCAGAUGUUGGUACCGAGGUGUCUCACGAAGGUACACGUGCGAACGAUGGUGGAAUGGACCACCACCACAACCUAUCUGAAACUCUUAUCAUAGGUGAGGAUGGCAAGGUGACGGUGCUGGACAGCUUAGCAAAGGCACCGGCCAGCAGACGCGGGAGAAAAAAGAAGCGUCUGGAUGACGAAGAUUUUCAAGUGCCCGCGGGCAUGCGGGAUCCGGACUUUGAUCUGCUCAAAAGACCGGUGCGAAAGAAUCGCGGACUCAAGAUGAAACGGCUCCUGUCGCAGUGGCGCAAAUCCGGGAGGACACCGGCCACCAGCGGCAGCAACAGUAGUUCCAAAAAGUAUUCCGACCCGCUUGCCAAAGGCGACGACGACGGCCUGGACGGCAGAACGUGCAGCGUGUGCGGCAAGGUGCUGAGCCAUGCCAAAUUCCUGGAGCGCCACAUGAACCAACACGCUGGAGAGUUGAUGUACUCUUGCGCAGUGUGUCAGAGAAACUUCAAGCACUUCCGCUUCUUGCAGCAACACAAAUGCCAAAGCGGCAUGACCGAGGCAGAAGCCCAGAAAGAAAACGCCGAAGAAGAGGACAGCAAGUCGGCCAUUGUCAUUUGCGAGCUCGGCGACGAAACGCUGCCCGCGGAUGACACGGCGGACGACCCCGAUUACACGCUCGCUGACGGAAAGAGGCCCUCCUCCAAAGAAUUGGCACAGAAAAGCCCGGAGGACGCCAAGAAUCUCCUGGACGGCCCGUACUAUUGCCCCCACUGCAGCGUGGAGUUCAAGUGCAAGCAGACGUUUCGCUUUCACCUGCGGAACAUCUGUUACAACGAGCAACAGGUGGACCCGGACCAACCCGAAGACGUGCGCCAUUGCUUCCGCUGCAACGAGUGCGACAAGGCCUUCAAGUACAAGUCCACCUUGGAUUCCCACAAGCAAACGCACAACCCGCUCUACUGCGAGGUUUGCAUGAAACUGGUGCGCGAUUCCGAAGCCUUGGCCAUGCACAAAGAAUCGCACACGCCCUUCCAGUGCAACCAGUGCGAGGACAACUUCCCCGUGUUCAAGGCGCUGCACAAGCACUACAUCGACGUCCACAACCCCGCCGAGCCUUUCACCUGCGCCCACUGCCAGACCACCUUUGCCAGUCUGAAGCGUUUCAUCCGGCACGAGUGGAAGCACACCGGCUACCAGCCCUUCCAGUGCCCCCACUGCACCAAAAGGUUCCGCUCGUACUCGGACCUGGUGGAGCACCAGAAAAAGCACACCAAGGCGUACCCCUUCCUUUGCUGGGAGUGCGGCAAGAAAUUCCGCCACAGCGUCACUCUGACCAGGCACGUGGAGCGCGUGCACCAGUCGGGCGACAUCCUCAGCGAUAAGGCUAUACCCACCUUUGCGUGCGCUCAGUGCGGGAAGAGCUUCACCUCCAGGAGAUGCCUCCUGAAGCACGACAACUUCCACCACAAGGGCAUGCGCUUCCCGUGCGAGCAUUGCGGCAAGGGUUUCUUCGGGAAAGACGCGCUCGUCAGGCACACCUUGAUCCACACGGGCGAAAGGCCUUUCAAGUGCGACGACUGCGACAAGUCCUUCCGUUCCUCGGCCGAGCUUAAAAUCCACCGCCGCUACCAUACGGGCGAAAGGCCCUUUAAGUGUAGCAUCUGCGAAAAGGGCUUUGUCCAAUCUUGCUUUCUCACGCUGCACAUGAGAACUCAUACCGGAGAGAGACCGUAUGUUUGCGCUAACUGUAACAAAGCCUUUUCCAGUUUACACGGCUUGAAAAGACAUCGCAGGCUCGUCCACGCGUAGUUGCGACAAAUAGAAUAUUUGUUAAUACAAAAAAGGAAGGAACGGGAAAGGGGUCACCUCGUGCUUCUUUCUCUGCUUGUCAUGGGGACUGUAAAUUGCUUCAAUGUAACUGUAUUUUUACAGAAAUGUUUGCUGUAAGGUUAGUUAGUAUGUGCAAAAGAUAAAACAUUCACUUCUUUGGGAAUAAAUUUGCUUUUCUUCAGGAAA